GGAGACACGCUGAACGCCAUUGCGCUGCAGUAUUGCUGCUCGGUUGCAGAUAUCAAGAGAGUUAACAAUCUUAUCAAUGAUCAAGAUUUUUUUGCCCUGAGGUCUAUCAAAAUUCCAGUGAAAAAGUUUAGUGUAUUGACUGAAACACAUGUCUCUCCAAAAGGAAGACCAGUCCUUCGGCCUGCUCACUGUUCCCCAGACGUGCAGGAAACGUCACCUUCUGAUAAAUUUUCUGCUAAUGAGACUGCCGGUAACUUCUUAAAAGAAGUGGAUCGAGAUAUAGAAGAAAUAGUGAAGUGUAAUGAUACCAAGAGAGAAAAUCUUAAUGAAGUUGUUUCUGCCUUAGCAGCCCCACAGAUCUGUUUUGAAACUGAUGGUAAAAAUAAAAAAUGCAAGGAUCCUUAUUAUGGAGCAGAUUGGGGUAUAGGAUGGUGGACAGCUGUCGUGAUUAUGUUGAUUAUAGGCAUAGUAACUCCUGUUUUUUAUCUCCUGUAUUACGAAGUUCUAGUGAAAGCAGAUGUCAGUCACCAUUCUACAGUGGAAUCUUCCCUUGUCACAGCAGCAUCACACUAGAAACAAAUAGAAAAUGGAAUAAAUCCAGCAAAUAUUAUAAAUGUUGAUAAUCAAGGAGACCUUCAGCCUUAA